GGAAGACGGUGGCCUGCUCGUCCCUUCCAAAAGCCCUCAGCCUGGUUUCGACCUUGACAACAUUCAAGGUCAAGGUCGGGCAGCGGCUGUCUAGGGUGCCUUGGGACUCCGGACACCUCGGGUUCCUAACGGAGAAGUGGGAGCCCUGCAAAUUGGGGCUCUUCGUCUCAGGGAUAGCUUCUUUCCCCUUAGCGAUCACCUCCUCCGAGUGGGCUGGGAGGACCCUCCCCGGGAAUCUGUGCGGGGCUGAGCCCUCCGGCCUCAAUGGGUCCCCAAGUAGCCCUCCUGGUGGCGGCGCUAGCCGGCUGCCUGCUUCGGGCCCGGAGCUGUGUCAUUUGUGAUCCAAGGGUCGUGGCCGCGCUGGACGCCUUGGAAAAGGAAUACCUGCCUACCCACCUCGCCCCCGAUCGUCACAGACAAGUGAUGGAAAGGAUAAGAGAAACCGUGAGGGAUUUCGGGGACCUGCCAUAUUUAGAGGAUACCUUUAUGGGGGUUAUCGAUGAGGCCACAAUGGAAACGUCAGUCUUGAGUUUUCUGAGGAGUGUGACACUUAUCAGAAACAGUGGGGCAGCAGAUGGCUCUUUCGAGAAGGAGGUCUCCAAGAUAUUGACUCGGGAAAAGGCAACCUUUCAGAGCCACAUCCUUCGGUUCCAACGAGAGGAUUUAUGUCCCAACAAAUGUGGUACGAUGUUGCAGCGUCUGAUGUGGUGCAGUAAUUGCGUCCAGGACAAUUACAUUUGUCGAAAGUCCAGAGAUUGCGGGGUUCGCCACAUCAACGUCCAUGAAAAGGAAGACUUGGUCCUGGACUGUGAGCUCCACUGGCAUAAGUUAUCUCAAGGCCUGACCUAUUACAGCUUUUACAGGGUUUGGGGGAGCAAUUCUGAGACCUUGUUGUACAAGGGGAAACGGCCCACCCUGACCAAGCCCCUCGUGGGGCCAGAGGAUGCAGGUAACUACCGCUGCGAGUUGGGCAUUGAGCGAUCCGGCCCAGCCACGGUCAUCCAUUUUCAAGUCACAGUGUUGCCUCAAAGAAUCUUUGGGGGGAUAACGUCCGAGUCUUCAACCUUUGUAACCCAGCCAUCGACCACCGAAACCCAGUCACCAACCGUUAGAACACAGUCCCCAGCCAUUGGAAGCGAGGCUGAGGAAAUCUGGGGUGACCUUUCCCCAACCCUCCGGCCCUCCGAGUGUUCAAACCCGAAGAACGUGCAGACAGGCCUUCUGAUAGGGCUGCUGCUCUGGUCCUUUUUGCUGCUGAUCCUGGGCUUUGUCACCGGCCGGCUUUCCUCUGGCGUUUUCCUGUCCCCCAGCCAGUGCUGCGAGCCGGGGCAGAGGCAAAGCCUGAACGUGAACAGCGGGUCUAGGAACCAACCAGGGAGAACGGAAACAGGACGCCGGGGUGCCGUUGGGACUUGA